AUGGGUGCCCUGCGGGGACAGCCCGCUCCGCCGCUUAGGGCUGCCCCGAGCGGCUUGGCACCGGGCUGCGGCAGGGCCUGCGCGGGACCGGGGGGCAGGCGCGUCCUGCGUCGCCCCCGCAGCCACGCAAGGGGCCGUGUCUCUGCCACGCUCCGCGGAGCCCCGCGCCCCUCCCGUGUGCGGGUCUCGCCCCACGUGCCCGUGCCGCGGCCCAGCGGCCACCAGAGGGCGCCGCCCACGGCGCUGUCGGAGGGACGACGGGCGGGUCUGGAGCCCGAGGCGAGCCCCGCAGCCCGGCCCGGCCCGGCCCGCACGUACCUGCGGCGGGAGCGGCCCCGCGCCUCGCCUCGCCGCCCGCGCCUCGCGCCCGCCGCCCCGCCCGGCUUCCGCCCCGCCCAGCCCUGGCCCCGCUAUUGGCCCCCCCAGCUGCCAAUCGCGCCCCGCCAGCCAAUCGGGGUGCGGCGCGGAUUGUGGCGGGAGGGCGCGAGGGCGGGGAGGCUGCGGGCGGCGGCCUGGCCGCCAUUGCGGGGGGCUGGGGUGGGGGGGGGCGCGGGGCCGGGCCCUGGCCGGCUCUGCCGCCUCAGGGCGCCCGGCCAUCCCCCUCGGGCCCCGUCCGCGCUGCCCGGCACCUGGAGGAGGAAGCUGGCGGCUCGUUGGGAGCUGGCGUCCCGCUUGGGGCCUGGCGCAGGCGCUGAGGGAUGCUGCAGCUGCGCGCUGGCUCCUCUUGGGAGGAGCCGGGCAGAAAGAGAGAGGCUGAUGGCGGGGAGGAGUCUCCGCUCCGAAGAGGCAGACCCCGAGUGGGGAAACACGCACACCCUGGGGCAGCCCCCACGGGACAAACCCCACCGGGCAGCGCCCGCGGGACCCCCGCCCGCGCGUGCCUCCGGGGAACCCCGCCCCGCUGGCGCGGGGCGCGUGACGCAGGGGGCGGAGCCCGCCCCGCCCCGCCGGAGCAACUUCCAUUUUAGGUGCGGGAGCGGCGCGGGGCGCACGGCCCGCCCGACCCUCCGCUCGGCUCCGCUCCGCCGCCCCGGCACGGCCCGGCCCGGCUCGGCUCGGCGGGACCCGGGCCGCCGCCCGCAGCAGCCGCCGCUCGCUGGGAGCCUCGCCGCCCCCGCGGGUCCCUGCGGGCUCCGGGCGGCUGUGCCGCCACCCCGGGGCGGGACCGGCCCCCGCCCGCCGCAGAGGAGCCCGGCCACGGUGAGUCCUGCUCUCGGCGCCGCUGGCCCAGGGAAGGGGAGGGAGGGCAGCCGGUAUUGCCGGCUGCUGCCGGGCGCCUCUGCCCCCGCGGCAGGAGAGGGGCGGGCCGGCCCGCGCUGUGGCGCUCCCGUCGGGGCCGCCGCGCUCUCCUACCGGGGCCGGCUGGCGCUGGGCCCCGGGAGACGUGCCGCUGCCCGGGAGCCGGGCUCCAGGCGGGGCCGCGCCCCGCGGGACCGGCCGGGGUGGUGGUGCCCGGCCCUGGCGGGGGCGCUGGCGGGGCCCGGCCCGCCCGCAGCCCGCGGGGAGCGACACAAAGGCGGCGGGGCCAGGCGGCCGCCCCGCUCCCUCCCCCCCACGGUGCCGGCCGCCGCCUCCGCCGCUCUCCCUGCACGGAACAAAGGGGGCCCUUGUGCCAGCUUCCCGCGGCCGGCACCGGCGGGCCCUGCCGCUCCCCUUUGUGCGGGGUCGCGCUCGGCUCCGCCGCGAGGGCUCGGCCGGGGCACGGCCCGAGCCUUCGGUUCUGCCCCGGCGGCAGCGUGGGGCGAGCCGGGGCGGCCUCGUCCUGGCCGAGGACGGGCUCAUCCCCUGGUGUCUGGUUCGCCCGCGCCUUUGUUCUGGCGGGGACGGGCUGGCGUGCCCGGGGAGAGUCAAGUGUGCGGGGGAGCAGGCGGCUCCGCGCCUGUCGCGGCCGGUCCCUUCACGGAAUGGCUCUGA